AAAAAUUAGACUAAAAUGUCGUUUGAUUUAAAAUAAAUGCAAUGAAUAGACUUUUUCUACGAAUUUCGUUGCUUUUGUUGUUUUUCGCCGUGGUUUCGGUUUUGACUAAAAAAAAGUCAAAAACCGAAGAAAGUGAGUCAGAAGCUGAAACUGAGGCCGAAGAAGAGGCUGAAACGGAAAGUGGAGAAGAAGAAGAGGGCGACACCAAAGCAUCGAAGAAAUCAAAGAAAUCGAAGACAUCGAAGGCAUCGAAGUCUUUAAUAAUAGGAAAAACGAAACUAAAAGAUAAUUUGGCUGUCAUUAGGGAAAAACUUGUUUACAAUAAAAAUGGCGACAGAAGAGGUCUUAUUGGACGAGCGAUUCAGAAAAAGAAAGAAAAAAAAUCAGAAGAAGCGGAUCAAAAAGCCGGUGAUUCGACCGACAAAUUGUUAGCAAAAAUGAUGGGAAAUCCCGAAGAAGAGGACGAAGAAAAGGAGACCAAAGAGAACAAGAAAAAUAAGAAGAAGAUUGGAUUAGGAUUGUUGUCGAAGAUUAAAGACGUAAAGACAAAAGUGACAGAAAAAGUGAAAGAAAAGGUAAAAGAAAAGAUCAAAAGCAAAAUGUCAAAGAAAGACGCCGAAGAAGAGGAGACUAAAGAAGAGUAAAAGGAGGCGAAAGAGGAGGCAAUGAAUAGUCGGGAAAAAGUGAAAUAGGAUUAAAAAAUAAAAAAAAUCAAGAUUUAAA